GCGCAGAGACGCUGUGAGCUCCGGUAUUAGCAGGCGGCUGCGCACCGAGCCACUCUCUGUCUGUGUCUCUCUCUCUCUCUCUCUCUACCUCUCCCUCCCCUUCCGACCAUUCGCUGGGAAUCGAACCCCACACGGCUCGCCGCCGCCGGCGUCCUGCACGGGGAUUCGACCUAACCAGAGGGAUGUUCCAUUUCGGGAGGAAGUCAACUGGAUUUAAAAGUAUUUGUGACUCUAUACUUGGACAAUUUUAGUGAGUCAGAGCCGGGAUCCGACAACCCCUUUCACUAGAUGAUGAAAACUGUUCAAAGGAUUGCCAUCCAUGGUUUCUGCCCUAAUAAAUACUAUAUCAUACUACAUUAAAAAGAUUUGUAAAGGAAUGUUUACAAAGAAAUUGGCAAACCCAAUUAAAAAGAAAGAGAGAAGCGAAAAUAAAGAGCCCAAAUUGACCUAUGAUUUGCAAGGACACCAUCCAGCUCUCUCUACCACGCUGAAAACUACAGUAAAAAAGAUUUCCAAAUGCUCUUCGGCACGUAACCUUUCGUUGGAAGACGACGACGGAAAGUACGACUGCUCAUCCCUGUCACCCACUUUCAGUUAUCGUGUAGCUAUCGCAAACGGACUCCCCAAAAACUCGCUUUUUUUGAAUAAUAAUGAAAGUAUCUUUCCCGGAGUUCUUUCAAUUGAUGCUAGUUACUCUGACUCUUUGAGUGAGCCAAAACUUGUCAGGAGAUACGACGAGCAUAAAUCACACACUAUGCCAGUAAGACGAAACAGGAAGAGCCUCAUCAGUUUGGCUCCCUCUGAUGGCAGCUCUGAGGGCGAGCGGGUGGAACGCUCGAGUCUUCACACACUUAGGCUGGGUGCCCUACGGAAGUUAAGAAAAUGGAAAAAGAGUCAGGAAUGUGUCUCCUCGGACUCUGAGGUGAGCAAUUGGAGGAAAACCUUGGGAAUCCGGAGCAAAUCCUUGGACCGCGCUGGACGCCAGCAAAAGAGCUCAACCUUGGAGCCCGGCUCCUCUUCCACAGGCUGCAUCAGUCAGACACAAGAUGUCAUGGAGAUGAUCUUUAAGGAGCUCCAGGGGAUCAGCCAAAUAGAAACAGAACUGUCUGAGCUCCGUGGCCAUGUAAAUGCCCUGAAAAGCUCCAUUGAUGAGAUCUCCAGCAGCGUGGAAGUAGUUCAGAGUGAGAUUGAGCAGCUUCGCACAGGAUUUGUCCAGUCUAGAAGGGAAACCCGAGAUAUUCAUGACUACAUCAAACAAAUUAGCCACCAGGCCAAUAAUUCAACCUUGAGGUUCAUUAAUGUUCCUGAAGAAAGGUCAGAAAAAACAGAGUGUCUAAUUUAUAAAAUACUAAAAGAGAAAAUGGGUUUCAUUGAUGCCCAUAAAACCAUUAAGAUUGAGCUUGCUCACAGGUUAGGGCAACAACGAGAAUGUUCUAAUUCAAAACCCCGGCCUAUCAUUGUUAUUUUUGCAACAACUCAAGAGCGGGAUAUAGUAUUAAAAAAGUGCUAUAAACUCAAAGGAACAGGCAUUACAGUCUCUACUGAUAGCUUAACUCCUGAUGGAAAGGAGAGAAAAGACAAAACAAUGUCCUCCUCACAAACUUAUGAAAGCAUGGAUAUAAAGGUCUCAGGAAAGGAUAAGGUGGUGGAGAGUGAUGACUGGGACUCAAUGGACAGUGAUAAAGAAUUAGAUGAAUUAAGCCGAAAUAAAUAUGCAAUGGUUAUUUCAAAGCCCUCUCACAGGAGCAAAUCAGAGAAGAGGCGAUCCCAUGACCAUAGCCGGUCAGGAGAGGAAGCAGGCUACUCAGGCGCUGUUCACUAUGCCGACGACUCUUACUAUGACCCAGACAAGCAGACAAAGGCUUACUAUUCUGAUUUGACCACUGGUUGGCUUUCUCAGAGUGACUAUUCCACCCCUAAACUCAGCCGCUCUGAAUCUGACUGCUCAAAACUUUGUCAGUCAUACUCUGAAGACUUUUCAGAGAGUCAGUAUUUCACACGGGCUAAUGGCUGCCCGCUGCUGUCCUCCUCAGAUCAGGAACUGUGGCAGAGAAAACAAGAAGACAUGGCUUCCUCCUGGUACGCUAGCGACAGUCACCAACUUAGCCGUGAGAAUCGAACAUAUGAACACAACGAGGUUGAGACUACGGAAACUGUUGACAGUGGGGUGAGCAAUGGAUUGGUCGGCAUAUCUGGGGACAGAAGCCACUACAGUGGCUCCCAGCUGUCCCUGCAAGGCGACUUAUCACCCUGGAAAGACUGGCACCAUCUAGAACAGGGUGCUGAUUCUGGCUUGGAAGCUUCCAUAGAGGUUAGCAGUCCCUUUGACCCAUCAACCAUCCCUGGUUUUCCAGAAAACAUCACCAAAUGUCAGGAGGUCGAUCUGCAAUUUGAGGGAGAUGAAGAAUUCAUGAUGCUUGACAGAGAAUCUUUAUUACCACCUAUUACCACCCACAUCAUUGCCCCUGUCACAGAACGUGAGCAUGUCAUCAAGACAUCUGCUAGGCAGUCUAAGGAGGGAAAUACGCAACUCACAAAAGAAAGCACAAAAACAUCAUCUAAAGAUGUACCUAAAACUGCACAAAAACAGACAAAACUGGCACCUAAGGAACAAGCAACAAGUGUCAAAAUAUUUCCUAAAGAAAGCUUAAAGGUAUCUUCGUCUAAAGUUACCUCUAAAGCGGCUCCUAAAGAGUCACCUAAGGAGGUUCCCAAAUCUGCAGCUAAAGAGUCCUUUCAAUCCCUCCCCAGCCCUAAAGCUACACUUAAAGAUGCAACAAAGCCCAGUGUUAAAGAAAUUUCUAAAGUCACUUCAAAGGUAGCUUCUAGUGAGGCUUCCAGAGUGACACCUAAAGUGCUCCCAAAAGACAGCCCUACCAUGACUCCUAAACAAAGUCCCAAACAGUCACCUAAAGAGAGCCCUAAAAUAACUCCUAUUGAGAGUCCCUUUUUAACCCCUAAACAGUCCCCUAAAGAAUCUCUUAAAGGCAUCGCUAAAGACUCCCCACAAAAUGCAUCUAUAGGAGGUCUGAAAGUUGCUGCCAAAGAGGUUACCAAAGAAGCUGCAACACCUCCCCCAAAAGAGGUAUCAAAAGAGGUGCCUAAGGAAGCAUCUAGGGAGACUAGUAAGGUACCCACUAAAGACGUUGCUAAGAUUCCACCUAAAGAAGUUUCUAAGAUUCCACCUAAAGAAGUCUCGAAGGAAGCCACUAAAGAGAGCCCUAAGUCGUCCCCCAAAGAGACCCCUAAAACCUCGCCAAUGGAAACCCCCAAAGCAGGACCUAGAGUGGUCUCUAAAGAUGCCCUUAAGGAAACCCCCAAAGUCAUUCAGAAAGACAAAUUCCCCGAACUGGAUAUCAAUCAUAGCUUCCACCAGAACCAGAGUAAGUCUACGACCAUGUACCGCAGUCAGAGUGAGAUCCGAACCGAUAAGGUGGAAGAGGUGCCCAAGUCAUGGAGCAGUAGGCUCAGCAUAGAUCUCAGUGAGAAGUCCUUUGGUUUUGGCUUCGGCUCUACGCUGCAAAGGGCAAAGUCAGCUUUGGAGGUUGUUUGGAAGUCUGGCACUCAAACUCCUACUGCUGCUCCUCCCGAGGAGACUACCAAUUCAUCAUUUAUGGGACGUUUCCGCACCCUGUCCACCUCUGGUGUAAAUACCUCUAGUGGUACAAUAGACUCCGACGCCAACACAGAGCCCAUUUUCAACAAGGCAGAGGAAGAUAAAGCAAGAGCAGAGGCGGAAGCCGGGGAAGAACAAGUGGACAACGAGACCCACUAUGUUGAAGUAAUGGAGCAGGUGUUGGCUAACUUGGAGAACCGAUCUAAUACUAAUGAGACAGAGGAGACAGAUGAGACUGCUCAGGAGUGUGAGACUUCUCAGGACUACGAUGUGUCGGAUGACAUUGAGGGCUCUCAGGACAAUGAUGCCUUUCAGGAUUUUGAGGAACCUCAAGAUUUUGAAGCACCAGGAGACCAUGAGACAAGUAAAGAGGCAUGUGUACUGGAGUAUGAUUGCAGCUUGGAUGAAGAGUACAGUGAAGAAUUUGAAAACCAACUCACAGAGGACACUGCUGAAUAUGACGCCAUGGUGGAGUACGUCGACGUAGAAGAACCGGAUGACAACGACGUGACAGAGGAGAUGGAAGAGGCUGAUGAGGAGUUAGAGGACAUAGAGGAGAUUAUAGAGGAGGACACUGAGGGAUCUGAAAAAGUCAAGCAAGGGCAGGAGGAUGAAAACAAAAACGUUCCAGAGGAGAAACCUACGGAGCCCCCACCCAAGAAACAUGUGAGACCCACAUUCAAGGAGGCAGCAUUGAGGGCCUACAGGAAACAGAUGGCUGAACUGGAACAGCAGAUCCUGGCAGGAGACAGCAGUGCUUUGGACACACAGCCUCAUAGUAUUUUGGACCCAAAAUUGCUCGGCUUGCAGACUGGGGGGGCUGGCAGUAUUCUUUAUGGCAUUGACAGCAUGCCAGAUUUACGCCGCAAGAGGACAGUGCCUCUUGUCCGAGACCUGGCAGGCAUCUCGUUCGCUCUGGUGAACCGGUCCACCCUAAAUAACGAGGAUCUGAAACUACACGUCUUCAAGAAGACUCUUCAGGCCUUGAUCUACCCGAUUUCAUCCACCACGCCUCAUAAUUUCGAGGUGUGGACGGCAACCGCACCCACCUACUGCCACGAGUGCGAGGGGCUGCUGUGGGGCAUCGCCCGUCAGGGAAUGCGCUGCUCGGAGUGCGGCGUCAAAUGCCACGAGAAGUGCCAGGACCUGCUCAACGCAGACUGUUUACAACGGGCAGUGGAGAAGAACUCCAAGCACGGGGCGGAGGACAAGACCCAGAACAUCAUCAUGGCAAUGAAGGAGCGCAUGAAGAUACGGGAGAAGAACACUCCGGAGGUGUUCGAAGUGAUCCAGGAGAUGUUUCAUGUCUCCAAAGAAGACUUCACUAGCCAUCUGAAGACAGCCAAGCAGGCUGUUCUGGACGGGACCUCCAAGUGGUCGGCCAAAAUCACCAUCACAGUGAUGAGUGCACAGGGCUUACAGGCCAAAGAUAAGACUGGUUCCAGCGACCCUUACGUCACCGUCCAGGUGGGCAAGACCAAACGCAGGACCAAGACCAUCUUCGGCAACCUCAACCCGGUCUGGGAUGAGAAGUUCUACUUUGAAUGUCACAACGCCACCGACCGCAUCAAGGUGCGCGUGUGGGACGAGGAUGAUGACAUCAAAUCGAGGGUGAAGCAGCAUUUCAAGCGCGAGUCUGAUGAUUUCCUGGGCCAGACCAUCAUCGAGGUUCGCACUCUGAGUGGAGAGAUGGACGUUUGGUACAAUCUAGAUAAAAGGACGGACAAGUCUGCGGUCUCUGGGGCCAUCAGGCUCAAGAUCAGUGUGGAGAUGAAAGGGGAGGAGAAUGUGGUUCCCCCUCAUGGCCAAUACACCUGUUUACAUGAGAACCUGUUCCACUGCCUGACCGAAGUGAAGAACAACGGCGUGGUGAAGAUCCCAAAGGUGAAAGGGGACGAGGCGUGGAAGGUCUACUUUGACGACGUGUCUCAGGAGAUAGUGGAUGAGUUUGCCAUGAGAUACGGAGUGGAGUCCAUCUAUCAGGCCAUGACGCACUUCUCCUGUCUGUCCGCCAAGUACAUGUGUCCCGGUGUGCCGGCGGUGAUGAGCAACCUGCUUGCUAAUAUCAAUUCCUACUUCGCCCACACGACCACCACCACCACCACCACCGCCUCCGCCUCCGACCGGUUCGCCGCCUCGAACUUCGGGAGGGAGAAGUUUGUCAAAUUACUGGACCAGCUGCAUAACUCACUGAGGAUCGACCUGUCUAAAUAUCGGGAUAAUUUCCCUGCAGGAAACCAAGAACGUCUCCAAGAUCUCAAGUCCACUGUUGAUCUGCUGACCAGCAUCACCUUCUUCAGGAUGAAGGUACAAGAGCUCCAGAGUCCACCCAGAGCCAGCAUGGUGGUGAAGGACUGCGUGAAGGCAUGCCUGGACUCCACAUACAAAUACAUUUUUGAUAACUGUCAUGAACUGUACAACCAACUACUUGACCAGAGCCGGAAGCAGGACAUUCCCCGAGAGGAACAGGGUCCGUCUAUAAAGAACCUGGACUUCUGGCCCAAGCUCAUCACUCUCAUGGUCUCAGUCAUCGAUGAGGAUCGGACAGCUUACACCCCAGUCAUUAACCAGUUUCCACAGGAGUUGAACGCAGGCAGGAUCAGCGCCGAGAUCAUGUGGAGCCUCUUUGCCCUGGAUAUGAAGUAUGCCAUGGAAGAGCACGACAAGCACCGCCUAUGCAAAAGUACUGAAUACAUGAAUCUUCACUUCAAAGUCAAAUGGUUCCAUAAUGAGUAUGUUCGUGACCUGCCGGCCUUCAAGAAUGUUCCGCCUGAGUAUUCUCUGUGGUUCGAGCCAUUUGUAAUUCAGUGGCUUGAUGAGAACGAAGACGUUGCCAUGGAUUUCCUCAAUGGAGCACUGGAAAGGGACAAGAAAGAUGGAUUCCAGCAGACCUCAGAGCACGCCCUCUUCUCGUGCUCGGUGGUGGAUGUGUUCACUCAACUAAACCAGAGUUUUGAGAUCAUCAAGAAGCUGGAGUGCCCAAAUCCACAAGCUCUGGCUCACUUCAUGUGCCGCUUCGCAAAGACUAUCAACAAAGUUCUUCUGCAGUAUGCUGUGAUCAUUUCCAAGGACUUUCCUUUGUAUUUGAGUAAGGAGAACGUGCCCUGCAUCAUCCUCAACAACAUUCAGCAGCUCCGUGUCCAACUGGAGAAGAUGUUUGAGUCCAUGGGUGGCAAACAGGAGGAGGGGGUUGUGUCCUUCUGUAAGCUGGAUGCAGAGGCCAGCGAUCUUCUUAAGGAGCUGCAGAAUAAACUCAACACAGUGCUGGAUGAGCUCAGCGCAGUGUUUGGCUCCAGUUUCAAAGGCGUGAUCGAGGAUUGUGUGAAGCAGAUGAACCAGGAGCUGGUUCAGAUGAAAGGUACGGCCAAAGGGAGCAACGCUGCCAUGGACGCAGAGACGGUCCUUCGGCCUCUCAUGGACCUCCUGGAUAAAAAUUUGAUGUUAUUUGCCAAGAUUUGUGAGAAGACUGUGCUCAAACGGGUCCUCAAAGAGCUUUGGAAAAUUGUCCUGAACACCAUUGAGAGAACAAUUGUUCUGCCUCCACUGAAUGACCAGAGUCAAGGAGCUCAGAUGAUCUUCAACGCCGCCAAGGACUUGGGACAGCUGUCCAAACUGAAGGAGCAUGUCAUCCGAGAGGAAGCCAGGAGUCUGACUCCACGACAGUGUGCAGCCAUGGACCUCGUGCUUCCCACCAUCAAGCAAUACUUCCACGCUGGAGGAAAUGGGCUGAAGAAAACCUUCCUCGAAAAAAGCCCCGAUAUGAAGUCCCUGAAAUAUGCUCUCAGCCUUUACACUCAACCUACAGAUGCCUUGAUCAAGAAAUAUAUAUGCACCCAAACCUCUCAAGGUCAGUCAUCCAACGGAUCCGUGGGGGAGGUGUCAAUGCAAGUGAAUCUCAUCUCUCACCCUGGCACAGGAGAGCACAAAGUCAGCGUCAAGGUGUUUGAGGUGAACAACCUCAUCUGGCAAACCAAUGCCAUGUUCCGGCCGUUUGUAGAGGUCAACGCCGUGGGACCACACCUGGCUGACAAGAAGCGCAAAUUCAGCACCAAGACCAAGAAUAACAAUUGGUCACCAAAGUACAAUGAAACAUUCCAAUAUGUUCUAAGCAACGAACAUGGUCCCGAGGCCUAUGAGCUGCAUGUCUCAGUGAAGGACUACUGCUUCGCCCGCGAGGACCGCAUCAUCGGCAUGACGGUCAUCCAGCUACGAGAGCUAGCGGACAAGGGCAGCUGCUCUGCGGGCUACCCGCUGGUGAAAAGCAUCUCCAUGGACGAAACUGGCCUGACCAUCAUGAGGAUACUCUCCCAAAGGACCACUGACGAGGUGGCAAAAGAGUUUGUGCGUCUCAAGACAGACACGCGCUCGACGGAGGAAGUAUCGUAAUGUGCAAAGAAAUCGCAGUGUUAAAAAAAAAAAAGUUGUGUUGUCUUUAGUGGGGGGGGAUUAAAAAAAAAAAGAAGAAAAAAGCAAAGGGAGAAGGAGAAGGAGCAGUAGCAACAACAGAUUCUCUCUUUCUGGAUAAACGCUGGAGAGGGAGGUUGUCCAAAGAGAAGCACAGGAGGCCCAAAUGGGGCGAGGCAGCAUCACAGUGAGAGAGAGAGAGAGAGAGAGAGAGAGAGUUGUGUUUGUUUGUUUGUUUUUGUGCAUGUGCGUAAAACAUCUGUUGGAAUGUUCAUUUUAAAACUACAGUAUGUACAAGUGUUUACUGACGGUAUGCUUACUAUUAAGUACUAUAUUCUACGAGUUAUGUUAACGAGACAUGAAAUACCUUUUGUACAACAUUUAGUCUUUUUGAACAGAGAUUUGUUCCAAUAAAGUGCCAAACCAGUGAAAAAAAGAACAAAACCAACGUAUAUGAAUUAUGGUGAAGUUUGUAUGUUUGAGUUUGCUCGAUUAUUUUGUCCGGUGUAAGUCAUUUUCUGACAGUGUGGCGUUUUGAUUGUUGCAAAGUCUUUCAUUUUGCAUCCUCGUUUUUUGGCUUCACGUUCUUCCACACAGCACUGUUGUGCAUGUCCUCUUCUCAUGUCUCUCCCAUGAUUCUACAGUGACCACCGAGCAGGGUCCUGUCCCCUUGCCUUCAAACUGUUUGUAUUUUAAGUCGACCUGAAAAUAGACCACGUUUUUUUAAAUGGCGAUGACUGCUAUGUGAACCUUCAUAGGUGUUUGUAAUUUUAUAACCAUGACAACAAUGACGACAGCCUCCAGUACUAACAGUCUUAGCAGAAAGGAUGGAAAUAUUUUACUUUUUUUGGGGCUUUUUUUUUCUCCUUGUUUUUGACCAUCAGCUUCCAGCCUUUCUGAAUGACCACUGUGAACAUGAGCUUUGGAAGGCAAGCUUACGUGACAUUGCUGACAGUUUGAUAUUAUGGUUUCAUAUUUUUCCGAUAACUUUGUUCUUGAUAAACUGCCAAAGUUAUAUGAAAUAUUUGUACAAAAGCAAUCCAUUACAUGUAUGAAGAUAAAUAUGUACAUGUGAUCUAUUACUUUUUCAAUGCUUAAUAUUUGAUUAUUGAUAAGACGGUACUAAGAUUUUAUUUUUUUUAUUUCCUGUGAAGCUGUUAACCAAUAUGAAAGUUGCACAUGUUACUGUACACAUUAGUUAUAUCAGCUUAUGUCAUUGGAAUUAUUUUUCUUCAUAAAGGAAAGAGUCUAACAUUUGGUAAAUAUGCAACAUUCCUAUGUAUUGCACUGAUGGCGAAUUGUAUGUCAUGUAAAUAUAUUUAGUGAGAUAUUGUACAAAAGUCUACUUUUCUUUAAUGUGCAUAAAGUAUGUGCAAAUAUGUUAAAACAUUUGGGUCAUUUUGGAAGAAUUGUCCAGUAAGCAUCCCUGUUCUUCAUAGCUUACAUUAGACAUAAUGAGAUACAUCACGAGACAUAAUGAGAUAGAUCUCACAGCAAAGGAGAAACCAAUAGGUAUUGAUAUUUGAAAAAGAAAAAAAAUGAUUUGAACUGGUUUUUAGAGGCUUUGGGGUAAAAAGAAAACAAAACCAAACCUCUUUUGUUUAUUCCCUGAAUUAUUCUUCUUUAUCAAAAACCUGGCAGCUCGGUCAGAGGUUUUGGGUGUAUUGUGCAACAGAUAAUUAGCAUGAAAAGGUAUUACUCCUAAAGAAAAAGGUAAAUACUUUCUUUAUGGUUGUGAGAUCCAUAAUGGGACAGUGCUGCCUGGUAGAACACGUUGCCCACCCACACAGUCCUAGUUUUGUCUUCUAAAGGCUUCAUUGUCCCGCAUCACAAUGAACAUUUGACUCCAUACCACGGCCUCGUGGGCCUUGUUCAAAUGUCUUGUUGUUGAUGAGUGUGUGUGUGGAAGAAACAUUUGCUUUGAUAUUAGUUAUGCUCUUAUUUACUGUCGAUCGUUCCACAGCCACAGCCAGAAAAAAAUGCAGAACUGUGACAAGAAAAUAUCCUUAAAACACACGUUACCUGCCAAAACA